AUGUGUAGUGAUGGUGACACGGGAGCUGAAGGUGAUGGUUGGCGGGACAACGGCGGUGACAUGGUUGCUUUCAUUACCGAGAUUGGCGAAGCUAUUGGUUUUCACAAUCUGCGUGCCUAUAGCAUUCGGGACCUUGAGACAGCCGGAGCAAAGUCUGUAGGACAAAUGGAGACGGAGCAGAGUCUCAGUUUGGCCUCUCUCUCUCUCUCUCUCUCUCUCUAUUCACCUACUUCCCACACCCAAUCUUUUUCUACCGACAUUGAAGGCUUUAGCCACUGUUUUGACCUUGCAACUUUUCGUCCGUAUGCAUAUUUCAUAGUCAACCAGCCAAAUCUGAUACAACGACUCUUAGUGCUCAGGUCGUUUGGGAUUGAAGAUGAAAACGGAUACAAAAGUGUAGAGGGAAACUUGAUAUCUUGA